GGACAGUCUCCUCAAAGAGGUUGGUCAAGAAUCUCAAGUGUUUCCCAGAAACUGAGUGAUUUCUUUAAAAAAAAAAAAAAAACAAAAAACCCUACGUGCAAAUAGCUGAAGAGUGGGGUAAACAGGAAAAAAAAAAAAAAAAAAAAAAAAGAGAAGAGCCUUUUACUAAAAAGGAAACUGAAAGAAACAGGGGAAGACUAUUAAAGAAGACCGCUGGCUGUACAGGGCAGUCUCAGCUCCUCAACUGCCCGGCGUGACCAGUGGCCACCUCUGCAGUGUCUCCCACAACCUGGUUUCGUCUGGACCACCGAGCAAAUCUUCCGACGCCCUAGCCAGCCAGAGACCUAGGUCCUGGAAGAUGGCGGACGUGUCCAACGGCGAACAGGGGUGUGCCUCCCCUCUGGAACUGUUCAACAGGAUAGCUGCUCAGGGGGAGCUCGUGCGGUCCCUCAAAGCUGGAAAGGCACCACAGGAUGAAAUCGAUUCUGCAAUACAGAUGCUGUUAUCGUUAAAAAUGAGCUACAAAGCCGCCAUGGGGGAAGAUUACAAAGCCGACUGCCCUCCAGGGAACCCAGCACCUGGGAAUGAUAGUGGCCUGGGUGCCACAGAAGCUGAAGAGGAUUUUGUGGACCCUUGGACGGUACAGACCAGCAGUGCCAAGGGCAUUGACUAUGAUAAGCUCAUUGUUCGGUUCGGAAGCAGUAAAAUUGACAAAGAGCUGGUAAACUGGAUAGAGAGAGCCAUCGGGCAGAAACCACACCGCUUCCUGCGCAGAGGCAUCUUCUUCUCGCACAGAGAUAUGAAUCAAAUCCUUGAUGCCUAUGAAAAUAAGAAGCCGUUUUACCUGUAUACGGGCAGGGGCCCCUCUUCCGAAGCAAUGCAUGUAGGUCACCUCAUCCCAUUUAUUUUCACAAAGUGGCUGCAGGAUGUGUUUAACGUGCCCUUGGUCAUCCAGAUGACAGAUGAUGAGAAGUACCUGUGGAAAGACCUGACCCUGGACCAGGCCUACGGCUACGCCGUGGAGAACGCCAAGGACAUCAUCGCCUGUGGCUUUGACAUCAACAAGACUUUCAUCUUCUCUGAUCUUGACUACAUGGGGACGAGUCCAGGCUUCUACAAGAACGUGGUGAAGAUUCAGAAGCACGUCACCUUCAACCAAGUGAAAGGCAUCUUCGGCUUCACUGACAGUGACAGCAUCGGAAAGAUCAGCUUUCCUGCCAUCCAGGCCGCUCCUUCCUUCAGCAGCUCAUUCCCUCAGAUCUUCGGAGACAAGACAGACGUCCAGUGCCUCAUCCCGUGUGCCAUCGACCAGGAUCCUUACUUCAGGAUGACAAGAGACGUCGCCCCCAGGAUCGGCUACCCCAAACCAGCCCUGCUGCACUCGACCUUCUUCCCCGCCCUCCAAGGGGCCCAGACCAAGAUGAGCGCCAGCGACCCCAACUCUUCCAUCUUCCUCACAGACACCGCCAAGCAGAUCAAGACCAAGGUCAACAAACACGCAUUUUCCGGAGGGAGAGACACCGUCGAGGAGCACAGGGAGUUUGGAGGCAACUGUGAUGUGGACGUGUCCUUCAUGUACCUGACCUUCUUCCUCGAGGACGAUGACAGGCUCGAGCAGAUCAGGAAGGACUACACGAGUGGAGCCAUGCUCACCGGUGAGCUCAAGAAGAUCCUCAUAGAGGUUCUGCAGCCCUUGAUCGCCGAACACCAGGCCAGGCGCAAGGAGGUCACGGACGAGAUCGUGAAAGAGUUCAUGACUCCCCGGAAGCUGUCCUACUACUUUCAGUAACAUUCGUUUUAUACACGCUUAUAAAAGAGAUGUAAUUUACCAGUAAUCCCAGCCCAAUCGAAUCACCGCUAUCCGUAGGCUCUGUCACACGGUAAUUCCUGGCCUGGAAUCUGUAAGCCCUGUGUGUGUAUCCAUACUGUUUCUUCCUGUGAUGCCCUCCUUUCUGUCUCUUGUGGCAAAACCCUUGGGGAUUGGGUGCCAGCUAACGUUUCGUGGUCGGACAGUCCAGCUGGAGUCUCUCCCACAGAGCAGCCCCCAGAUGUGAGACCUUUGGGGGUCUGCCCCCGACAGGGGGCAGCCUGUCGGGUCCACAGGACAGCUGCCAUUGAAAACGUCCUGCGGGUUCUCAGCCUACUCUACGAACCUGCUCUGUGAACGAAUGUGGAGCGUGCAUACAUAUCUGCAGUCAGAACGUCACGAUCAUAGAGUGAGACGUGCUUCGAAAAGUCUAUGUGGGAAGUUUAAUGGGCACAGAUGUAUUUCCCCCUGUGCCCCCCAAAAUGUAAAAGAAUCGCUAGCUAAAAGCUUUGCUUUCCGUUUGGCUAAGAGGGCUCCCAGCUUGAAGGCUGCUCUUCAUUGGCCCAGGUUGGCCAGUUUUUAUUAAAUUGAGUCUUCUGUGGGCAAGACUCUCCAGUUCACUUACCACACUCCAGACCGUGCAUGCACCACACUCCAGCAAUCAUGCUUUUCCCUGAGCGUACUAAUACUUCGUCCCCACCAAGUAACCCUGACCCUCCACGCUGAAAGCCGGUGGCUGCUUCGCACUGACGGUGCCCGGGGCUGAGGGGUCUGUUGUCUUUGCAGAUCCUUUUGUUUUGACACUUGACUGGCGUGGAAGUCUCUCUGCACAGAGCAGUGCCCCGGGGCAGGUGGAUGUAGCUAGACCGCGUGCAGCCGCCCUCAUGGCCCUCGGCGGCGCGUCCACGGGAGGCCUGUUGAACCGUGCGCCCCGUAUAGUUUUGGAAAAGCGGAAGACCUAUCUCAGGGAAAGCCCUUGGUUGAGGUGUCUGUCCUUCCUGGAGGCACAGGGUCCACUCCCUCAUGUCACUCGUUGGCGUGAAUAAACUUGCUUCAGUCCUG